UGGGUGAUGGUCUUCCUGAAGCUUUGGGCAGUGUGGGAAGCCUGCGGACUGAGUGUGCUGCAGUGGCCCCUGUCCCUAAGGGUGAAGCCUGGUGGAAUGGUGACCCUGGCUUGCCAGGUAACACAGAUCCAGGCCUGGGAGCGGCUGCGAGUGGAGUGGACCAGGAACGAGGAUGGGCUCUGCCACAUGUUCCUCACCAACGCCAGCCUCAGCCCAGAGGUGUGUGGGCCUCGGGGAUGGCUGUCCUGGAAGGUGCCUGGGGACCUCACCCUGCAGCUGGGCCACGUGAGCGUCAAUGACAGUGGGGACUAUGUGUGCCGGGCCAUCCUGGAGAUCCCUGAGUUCGAUGAGGCUCAGGGCAACGGGACAGAGCUCCUGGUAGAGGCAGAUGCCCCCCCUCAGCUACAGGAGAAGUCCAUCCCUCCAGGGCUUCAGUUGGCACUUCUGGUGGUGGGGGGUGUGGUCGCAGCCGCGGUGUUAUUGGGCGUCAGCUUGUGGGGUAGUCGUCGCUGCAAGCGGGAGGACUCAGGGAUGGAGGGUGGCUGCACGGCUGUUGUGGCGCUGCUGCCCCCGCGCGUCGCCUGA